GACAAAUGAGGGCAUCCAGUACGAAUUCCUGGAAUGUCGUCAUUGAAGAGCGCGUUUGCACUUGUCACUUGUUUGGGAAAAUUGAUUUUGAGUGAAUUUGCACAUUGACGACGUGCGUUUACAGUGCUUUCACCACCACUCCGUAUCUUGCCUUCUAGAAGGCAAUCAACUUGUGAAACUUGGGUCCUCACAAGUCAGACGCCUGACGCCGUUAAAGUUCAAAUCAAACCAGUGCCUUCUUGUUGGUGGAGGCUGUUGGAACGCGCUGCAAUGAGGAGUUCCGACCGUAGCAGAACGAUUGCUGCUGCUGGUGUUCUGGGUGCACUGGUGCAUGGCUAUGAUACAUCUUUUACUUCUCCUAGCACGUUGCAGGCUCAUAUCCCACGUACUCAGGCACAGAGUGGUGCGCGCUCAAGUGGCCUUGGAGUGAUGGGUGCCGGCGCCGUGGCUGCCUGUGCAGCUACUGCUGCUGCUGUUGUCAGGCCAGGGCGACCUGCCAAAGGCAGCCCUGGUAGGCAUGUGGGCAGGACUGCAGCAUCUGCACUCAACCCAGACAACUUCAGCGAUGUUUGCGAUCAGACUGGUGUCACCCUGAAUCGCUACAUGAUUGAGGCAAACCGACAAGGGGUUGUGGACACUGACAUCCUUUCGGUCAUGAACUCUAUCCGGGAGGCCACAAAAGUCAUCUCUAAGCUGGUGAAUACUGCUCCGUUGGCACAGGCUGAACUUUUGGGCCUGGAAGGUGCAAUCAAUGUGCAGGGCGAGGACCAGAAAAAGUUGGAUGUCAUCACAAACGAUGUCUUGAAGAAGGCCCUCCGAUACACAGGGAAGCUGGGCACGAUGGCAUCUGAGGAGGAAGACAUGCCCGUAAGCGCGGCUUUGUCUCUGGAUCUGGAGACCACAGCUUCGGGCACAGUCUUAUCUGACACUGGAAAGUAUGUGUGCGUGUUUGACCCGCUGGAUGGAAGCAGCAAUGUAGAUGCUGGCAUUGCCGUCGGCACCAUUUUUGGAAUUUUCAAGGAAUCUGAGGAGUCCAAUGCAGUUUGUGACCUUCCAGCAAACAUCAAGGAUCUAGAUGGUGAUCAAGUAUCCUGCCUUGCAGCAACUUUGCAGCCUGGCAAGGCUCUGGUCGCUGCUGGCUAUGUACUCUACAGUUGCUCCACAGAAUUGGUAUUCACCUUGGGAAGGGGUGUUGUCGGCUUCACUUUGGACAGCUCUAUUGGCGAGUAUGUGCUGACCCGUCCAAGCAUUGAGAUUCCAAGUCGUGGAAAAAUCUAUUCCUGCAAUGAGGCCAACAUGGAAAACUGGGACGAGCCCUUCCAACAGUACAUCAAAGACAUCCAAACAGGCAAUUGUGAGACGAAGAACAAGUACUCGCUUCGCUACAUUGGGUCAAUGGUGGGAGACGUCCAUCGCACGCUACUCUACGGUGGCCUUUUUGCGUACCCGGCAGAUACGAAGAACAAGGAUGGGAAACUUCGACUCUUGUAUGAAGCAGCGCCAAUGUCGUUCCUCUUAGAGCAGGCUGGUGGCUUGGCGAUAACUGGGCACAGCCGUGUCAUGGACAUCCCACCAGUCUCUGUGCACCAGCGGGUGCCGAUUAUUCUGGGAUCAAAAGACGACGUGGAGGAGUGCAAGAAGUACUAUGAGAAGUGCGACGAUCCCAAGCUUAAAGAGAGGUGUGCAAACAGACUGAAGGGCCUUGUCACAGCGUAAGAGCCACGCAACCAGCUUCCUCGUAUGCAGAGUAUGACCUCUGUCAGGUCGCGCAAUCGUGAAGACCGCAAGCCGACUCUGAUUACUUCAAGGCAGCGCAAGCUUGCGGGAACUCGACUGAGCUCAAAUCGUUUGCAGGAUGAGAACACUCGCUGCCACUGAAUACUACGGAUGAUGCUAAAUGCGAAAAUGCAAGUGUUUUCAGAAUGCGGUAGAAAAAGUCCUGGCUUCGGGCGUCUUUGAAACAGCGGCUUCGGAUGCACUCUGGCCCCGGCAAAUCGUUCCUCGGUCAUCCCUUGAACGCAGGGAAGAUGGUUGUCCCUUAAGGAAAAAUGCAGCGCAAUGAUGUGCAACGAAUCAACUCGGCAAAUUGUUCCAAACAUCACGCCUACUGAAUCAAUCAUUCUGGAACAGUUUUUAGGCUAGCAAACUUUUGUAUUUGCGGUUUGUUUCUCAAUGUACUGCUGCUGUGAGUCAAUGCAGGUACCAGAAGCUAUCCCAUGACAGCUCUAGUGCAAGUCCUGAUAUUUAAAGGGCUCGCUCAAGCCUAGUACCUUUUCCUUCGAUUGUCAGCACAGCUCCAUACUCCUUAAGACACUGGUCGAUCAUUGGAUCCAGUCAAUCACUGUUUUGGUGCUGUGCGUCAUUUCUCCAGUGCUGAUGCUGCUGCAGGAAAUGACAUGCUCUGAC